AUGUCUACGGCAACCUCUGCGCAUUCUUCCGUCGUUGUACUUGAGCGCCACACACUGCAGUGUGCUAACAAGAACCAUUAUUCGGAUCUAUCCAAAGUUCAACUUGGACCGCUCGACCAGCUGGUCGCUCCCUUCAUACCUGUUGCCGUCGUGUUUGUUUACGAACAAUCCGGCUCCACGGAGACCAUCCCGGUGCAAUACCUACAGCGAGCAUUAGAACUCUUGCUGGAUUAUUAUCCACUCCUUACUGGCCGUCUUCAUAUAGCGACUGAUGGUACCUAUGAAGUAACUAGUCUGGGUGCCGGCGCUGAGCUUCUAGUAGCCCAAUGUAGCGAGCACCUCGAUUCAUUUUCAUCUACACAAGGGCGGAUAUUACUCAUGGACCUUCCCAGUGGUAGCAAGGCCCUCUUUGGCCCCUUCGACGCGUCUUUGGAGGGGAGCUGCCGGGAUUCUCUCUUCACCGUGCAACACACUCGCUUUGCGUGUGGUAGCGUAGCACUCGGGGUUCGCCUACGCCAUAUUAAUUGCGAUGGUCAUGGUUUCUUCCAGUUCAUGCGGGAUCUAGCAGAGCUCUAUCGCGGCCUUAAAUCUGCUGGCAUUCCAACACUUAGUCACCCGCCACACUUUCAGCCCUACAUGUCAGACCUUGAAAUGACAUUGGAUGAGAAGCAGGCAGCUCUUGCAUUCCGUCCAUCGUUGCUGGUGGUUGAACCAGAAGUACUACCUUCAGAGGCAAUGACGGUCCCUGCUAGUGAACCUCAGACGCCUGUUGUUGGCCGCAUUCUCCGCUUUUCAGGUGCUAAACUCGAGGCCCUCAAGGCACUUGCGACGAAUCCGAAUGAAAUAAAUACCUGGGUAUCGACUUUCGAGGCCAUAUCAGCUCUCCUAUACCAAAGCGUCUACCGAGCUCGCUUGAAAUAUUUUGAAAAUGACCCUUCUGCAAUGUCCCCUCCAGAUUUUUUGACCCCCGUCGAUUUCCGCGGCAAUAGAUUCCCUGAUCUCCCGACCUUAUACUUUCCCAAUGCUUUACUCUGCCUUUUUACCUCGCUUUCGCACGAUGUUCUCGCUCACGCCCCACUCUGGCAAAUUGCAAAACACCUUCAUGAUCUCAUGCGCAACGAAGUGCCUGAUGCGCAACAUUUAAAGAGCACACUUCGUUGGAUUACUGCUCAGCCCGACAAACGUCGUAUUCGUUCAGGUUUUCGAUACGGUAACGGUAGCAUCAUGGUUAGCCAGUGGGCAAAGUUCGAGAUGUAUGAAGGAACAGACUUUGAAGAUGGGCAGAAACCGAUCCUGGUGUCAACACCGUUCACGUCAAUCUCACUAGUGGAUGGUUUAGCUUACACUCUACCGACUGAGAUGCAAGGGAAGACAGGCGGAGACAAACGGGCCAUUGAUGUUAAUUUGGCGUUGAGUAGCCCAAUUUGGGAGAUCCUAGAACAUGACGAGCAGCUGAAGCGGUUUUCAUCAUCAUGGGCCGGUGAUAGUGCUCAAACAUAA